AUGCAUUUCGUAAAAAAAGUAGCAACAACAGAAGAGCAGCAAAAGAAGAAGGAGAAGGAAAAAGCUGAAAAGUUGAGAAUUUAUUGCAAAGUGAGGGAUCAAAUUGUUGAAAAAUGGAUGAGAGGUGAGUUAGACGAGGAAAUACUGUCAUUAACUGCUAUUUUGCUUGAAAAAAACCCGGAAGUUUAUACAUUUUGGAACAUUCGUCGUCGAGUGAUCAAUUUAUUGCUAAAGAAAUUAGAAGAAAGUGACGAAGAAAAUACAGAUAAAAAGGAUAAUAUGCUCCGUUCGGAAAUGCAAUUAACAGAAGCUAGUUUAAAAACAAAUUCCAAAUCAUAUUGUGUAUGGUUUCAUCGCUUUUGGUGCUUCAUGCGGCUGCCAAAUCCAAAUAUAUCGGAAGAAUUAGCAGCUUGUGAAAAAUUCCUGAACUUAGAUGGCAGAAAUUUCCAUUGCUGGGACUAUCGGCGAGAAGUAGUGAAAUUUGGCGCUCAUUCAGCUGAAGAAGAACUCAAAUUUUCUGACAGAUUGAUCGAUGCAAACUUCAGUAAUUACUCCUCAUGGCAUUAUCGUUCAUCUCUUCUACCGUCUUUAUUUCCUGAUACUGAAAAACAACUAGUUGUAAAACGAGAGGCAUUAUAUAAUGAAUAUCGAAAACUGGAAAAUGCGUUCUUUACGGAUCCCGAGGAUCAGAGUGCUUGGAUAUUUGCUGAAUGGCUUUUGCUAUCGGGCGAAAGGGAAAAGAAAUAUGAUGUUGGUAAUGUCCAUUUAUUGGGAUUGGUAUUCGAUUUUGCGAGCGAUUGUAAUAAAACCGAAUUCAAUUUCAUUCCCAUCGAAUGCAAUCAAACCGCAGCUACCUAUUUGUCAGUUACAUUUGAUCGUGCUGUAAAAGUAACGAGGAUAUCGGAUUUUUUGGUUAUAAAAAUGAAAAAUGGUGAUCAGUGGACUCCCAUUGCGGGUUCUGAAAUGAAAAGUCGUACAGCAUUUCGUGCUAGAAAUUCAUAUCGAUUUGAAAUCUCUGGCGAAUUAGCCGAAUGUCAGUUACGUCCUUCAUUUGGUGAACCGUACCAGAUUAUCGAUAUGAAACAAGGAUAUGUUAAUUUUGAUGAAAUUUAUCAUAUCUAUCAUAUUAAAUGCAAGCCAAUUAACGAAGGUCGAAAACAAAUCAUCGAGAAACUAAUGGCUAAUUGUCAGGAACUGCUUAAAGAGUUAAAAGUUGAACAGAAGAAGGAGAUUUUGAAGUGGCCGCUUCUUACGUAUACCUUUGCGAUCUUAGAAUUAGAACCAAUUGAAAUGCUUUCAACAAUUUUGGCGAACUUGGAGGAAUUGGCUACAGAUAUUGAUCCACAAAGAUGCGAAAUGUAUGAAGAGAUGGCUAUGAAUCUACGAAUUAACGAAAGACUUCGUCAAAAGUUAGAUGAUGUGCAGAGGAUUGACAUUUUAUUCAGACAAGUUAAUGGUCAUUUUGUUGGGGAAUUGAGGCUGGAUAAUUUGGGUUUGAAAAGCAUUGAUCAUUUAAAAUAUUUGUCGUCAUUUAUCACACGUCUGGAUCUUACUAAGAACAGAUUCACCAAUUUCUGCAGUUUCAAAUCUUUUCGACGUUUAACUCAUUUACGACUUCUUGGAAAUCCUAUUAUGAGUUAUAAAGGUAUCAGUAUGUUGCCGCAGUUAGAUUAUCUGGGUGUUAUUGAAAUGUCUAUGAAUCUUUUGGAUAUUGAGGAUAGUACUGCAUUGGGAAAGAUUAAAUUGCUGGAAUUUGAAGGGUCGGGAGAACCAGUCAGAAUGUGGACGAAGUAA